GUGCCUGGACCACAGACGCUCCUAUAGCACUCUGCGAGCCACUCCACAUCGCACUGACAAGAGGGGCGACUAUUCCUUGAAGCUCCCAUCCAGGCGAGGGCCGCUGCAGCAUCCAUAAACGGGGGAAUAUCGCUUUUAAAAGCUCGGUAUUUUUUUAAAAGAAAAGAAAAGGUGGAAUCGAACAGAAGAUGUCUUAUCAAGGAAAAAAGAACAUCCCAAAGAUCACAAGCGACAGGCUUCUGAUCAAAGGCGGAAGGAUUGUUAAUGAUGAUCAGUCCUUCCAUGCCGAUAUCUACAUGGAGGAUGGCCUCAUUAAGCAGAUUGGUGACAAUCUGAUUGUGCCUGGUGGUGUGAAAACCAUUGAGGCCAACGGGAAGAUGGUGAUCCCUGGUGGUAUCGACAUCCACACCCACUUCCAGAUGCCGUACCGUGGAACCACAACUGUGGAUGACUUUGCCCAGGGAUCAAAGGCCGCUCUUGCUGGUGGGACAACCAUGAUCGUGGACCAUGUGAUGUCAGAACCUGGUACCAGUCUGAUAGAGGCCCAUGACCAGUGGAGGCAGUGGGCUGAUGAGAAAGCCUGCUGCGACUACUCUCUCCAUGUGGACAUCACCCACUGGAAUGACAGCGUAAAGCAGGAGGUGGAUAAUCUCAUCAAGGAAAAGGGAGUGAACUCAUUCCAGGUGUACAUGGCGUACAAGGACUACUACCAGAUGAGCAACAGUGAGCUCUAUGAGGUCUUUACCUUCUUGGCAGAGCGGGGAGGCAUCGCUCAGGUCCACGCUGAAAAUGGCGAGAUCAUCGCUGAGGAGCAGGCCCGGAUGCUGCAGAUGGGUAUCACUGGACCAGAGGGGCAUGUGCUGAGCAGGCCAGAAGAGCUGGAGGCAGAGGCGGUAUUUCGUGCCAUCACCAUCGCCAGCCAAACCAACUGUCCGCUCUACGUGACACGGGUCAUGAGCAAGAGUGCUGCUGACAUCAUCUCACAGGCCCGGAAAAAAGGAAAUGUUGUGUUUGGGGAGCCAAUCACAGCCAGUCUGGGCACUGAUGGGACACAUUACUGGAGCAAGAAUUGGGCCAAAGCAGCUUCUUUUGUAACAUCACCUCCUCUUAGCCCCGAUCCUACCACUCCAGACUAUCUGAACACACUCCUGUCCAGUGGAGACCUGAGUGUGACUGGCAGCGCUCACUGCACCUUCAGCGUGGCCCAGAAGGCCAUUGGCAAGGAUGACUUCACCCAGAUCCCAGAAGGUGUCAAUGGAGUGGAGGAGAGGAUGGCUCUCAUUUGGGACAAAGCUGUGACUACAGGUAAGAUGGAUGAGAACAUGUUUGUGGGCGUCACCAGCACUAACGCAGCCAAGAUCCUGAACCUGUACCCUCGUAAGGGUCGGAUUGCUGUGGGCUCUGAUGCUGAUCUGGUCAUCUGGGACACGGACGCCAUUCGCACCAUCACUGCCAAGACACACAACUCAGCUGCUGAAUACAAUAUCUUUGAGGGCAUGGAGCUGCGUGGCGCCCCACUAGUGGUGAUUUGCCAGGGUAAGAUCGUUUUGGAAGAUGGAAACCUUCACGCCACCUCCGGAGUGGGCCGCUUCAUUCCCUGCUCUCCCUUCCCUGACUUUGCCUAUAAGCGUAUUAAAGCCAGGAAGCAGUUGGCUGUUCUGAGGGCAGUGCCCCGGGGAAUGUACGAUGGCCCAGUUUCUGAAUUCUCCAUGUCCCGUGGCGGUACCCCCUCAGCCUCGGCCCGUACUUCCCCAACCAAACAGCCUGUCAGAAACCUGCACCAGUCUGGAUUUAGUCUAGCAGGUAACCCUGCACCAUGCGGUCCUCCCACCCCUGAUGACAUCCCCAUCAGGCCUGCUGGAAGGCGCAUCGUAGUGCCCCCUGGUGGUCGUUCCAACAUCACAUCUCUCAGUUAAACAGCAGGACACGCAGAAAGAAAAUGACAACAGCCAGAGUGCAGGAUUGAAGAGGGGAGGGGGGAGGAGAUGCAGAGGACCACGAUUAUUUCAAAGUUACAAAAACAAACAAAAGAAAAAAGCAAAACACUGAAUCCUCAUGCCUUACCUGUCACAAUGCUACUAUGCUCAUAUGAGAAAAGUAUCCCUUUUCCUCUGGAAUGUGAACCAGCGUCAAGUAUAUAGAUGGUUGUGUUUUGGGAUUUUUUUUUUUUUUUUUUUUACUGAAAGUGUGAAAUUUCCACCAAAUUCACAUGACUGAUCUAAGUCUCAUUACUCAUCUAUGUGGAAUAGUUAUCUGGUACUUUGGCAAUGUGAAAACAUCAGGAAAACUCAGUAUAAUCACACAAAAACAAAACAAAAAAACAAACCCUGUUCGCAAAGGAAAACGGAUACCACAUGUCUCAGAAUGACGCUAUCGUUCGUUCAUCCUGUUCGGCUUUCAAUGUCACCCCUUUUCAGUAGCCUGCUUGCUCCAUAGUCAGCAAAACAUAACACUAGAUUCCACGGUAGCCAUGUAUUAUCUUGCAGUAUGUUUGGUUAGCUCUAGGUGGCAUUGUACAUAUGGUAGAUGUGAUGUAGCUUUGUGGAUGAUGUUGUUGCAGCUUGUUUGGGUUUCCUGGACCAAGUUAAAGGUAGUUAUCGAAUCUGAGGGCAGGAGUGCUGUCGGGCAUGGAGCUGCAUGGGCCGCAUUAAUAUGGGUGACGUGAUCCAUGAUACUGCUGCACUCCUCCUCUUUGCUUUUUGGUGACUACCAUCCCCAUGAUGUACUGUACUGAUUAUUGAUGUUUAAAAAAAAAAAAGGAAUAUGGACAAAUCUGCUUGGGAAAGAUUAUGUGAAAACAAAAGAAUAGAAAGAAGAAUUAUUAGAAACAUUUUUUUUUCCAGAUUUUUUUCUUAAUCCCAAAAAAACGUUUAUAUGAGUUUUUUGUUUCUUGCAUUCCAUCGUCACUAGAAAAAAAGAGCUUUGCGAGAAACCGUCCUUUGCAUUUGCUUCUAACUUACUGGCUGUUUCUGCAAUCCUGAAUCAUCUGGAAAAGGAUAAAGGGAGGGGAAAAAAGAUUAUGAAAGGAUGAUCACACGAAUUAAAAAUAAAUGUAACUGUCCCUUGUAACUACGACUUUAACUGAAGAGCUUUGCAACUGAGGGCAACAAAAAAGACUGAUGCAAUGAAUUGAUGAAGUAUAACAAACCUGCUUUAUGAUAACACUUUAGCUCUGGCUUUAUUUUUUCAUUCAAGACUAGGACAAGGGGAAGCCCGUCAUUCCCUCUGUCAUCACAGCAUAGCCCUCUAAUGCAGCACAUUUAACAUCAGCACGAAUAUAACUGAGCCCAGUUCAGUUUACCUAAAUACUCUGGAUGUGAUUGUGUUGGGGGGUGUUUGUGUUUUUUUCAUGUCUUUGCUGUUUCUUGAUAAGGCAGAGGAUUGCAGUGCAGUAAGGUAAGCUUUGUAUUCUGUUGUUGGCCCAUUGUGGGGGGAGAGGGGAAGACGAUUGUGUUUUUUUUAAUCUGGCAGGUGGUUUGUUGUAUUUAUGUUACUUUGACAACCUUUGUUACUGUUUUUAUGUUGUUUCUUUUUUACUGUUGUAUCGAAACCCAGAGAUGGCAGGUCAAAAAUACAGUGUGCUUUGGACGUAUGAUUUGUUUCCAGAAUAAACAUGAGUUGCAACUUA